CUUCAAAGAGUACCAAGCGCUGUGAUGCGUUACGCGGGUUGAAUCAAACGUGUCUACAUUUCCUUAUUUAAAGAAUUAAUUGAUUUGUUAAAUAGCUAAUCAACUGAGCGAUAAGUGAUGUGUUUCGGCACACUGGGAUGGUCUGCGGGACCCACGGUGCCACUCGAGAUAAUUUACUUUCAGUUUGCCCAGAAGGAAGUUAGCGCAGAUUAGACUGUGAGGCUGGAUGUGUGAUCAUGGAGGCCAGAGGUGAUGAAGAGGUUGCAGAAAGCCAAAAUAAUCGGCCAUCUAACGCUAAUGUUUGUCCCUCCGAGUCCAGAGAUGAGAGGUCCAAUGUGUCUCCAGAAAACAUGGAUGUGGAUGAAGAGGGUUUGUUCAUACACUCCACCACUCUGACCAACAAGCAGCGUGGGAAUGAGGUUACAGUGCGCCCAGCAACACUAGACUCUCUGUCCAUACACCAGCUGGCGGCGCAAGGCGAGGUUUCACAAGUGGCUGCACACCUGAGUAAAGACAGCUCACUGCUCAGCAAACAGGACGAGCGGGGUUUCACGCCUCUCAUGUGGGCAGCAGCGUUUGGAGAAAAAGCAAUGGUGGAUUUUCUCUUGGAAAAGGGCGCAGACCCCAAAACAAUAGCGAGGGAGCGGGAGAGCGCUCUGACACUGGCCAGCUCUGGAGGUUACGUGGACAUUGUUGAGUCUCUCCUCAGACAUGGAGUAGACAUUAACACCUAUGACUGGAACGGUGGAACUCCUCUUCUCUAUGCUGUCCGAGGGAACCACAUCAAGUGUGUGGAGGCACUCCUAGCCAAAGGAGCAGACAUGACCAUUGAGUCUGACUCUGGCUACAGUCCGAUGGCCUUAGCUGUUGCCCUUGGACACAAAAAGAUUCAGAAAGUGUUGGAGGACCAUAUUCUGAAACUCUACAAGCCACCCACAUGACACUAGGACGCUCUGACGCAGCUGAUCUCAGAUCUACGACCAGCUGUCACCGGUGGUGAGAUGACUGAGAUGUCUGUCACUAUAACAAGUCAUUGUAAUAGACUGGUUCAUAUGCAGUGACAUUAACACUGGGUAAACUACAUGUUUUUUUAGAAAUGGUUUAUUCCAUUAAUGCAUUACAUUGUAUGUAUUACAGUGUACAAAAACUUGUAAUGCAACGUUGAGCAGCAGAAAUUAUUUUGUUUGGCUGAAGGACAGCAAAAAAGGAUUGUAAACAUGUUUUAAUAAAAAAUAUUUUUAUA